AUGCUUACAUCUUUGGUAUCAUUCCGGCGGAGCUCCGCCGUUCUUCUUUCGGCAGUGGUAGUCAUACUCUGUCUGUUUACCGACGGCACGGCUUCGAAGAAGGUCAGGGACGGCUCGGAUCCGUCGAUCAUGAAAGUCGACGACAACUACUACGGGGUCCCAGUAUCGGGUAGCAAUGUUGUGGUUCUCGAGGCAUCGUCCCUUGAGGGUCUCGGUGACGCGACGGAGAAUGUGGUCUGGUCUGACGAUGGCAAAGGCGAAAUCUGGGCCCCUGAGAUCUCCAAAGACGGGGACACCACUUACAUCUACUUUUCGGCCGGCACAGGGUCCAGCCAUCGUAUGUACGCGAUCAGUGCAGACUCGCCCCUGGGAACCUACCCGUCAGAGACAAAGCUGGAGCUGCCGGACGACAAAUGGGCUAUCGAUGGCGCCCUGUUCAACUUCAAGGACCAGCGCUGGUUCGUCUGGUCUGGUUGGGCUACGGACAAAAACUCCGAGCAGGACCUGUACAUCUGCAAAAUGAACAGCCCGACCGAGCCGACGGGAAGCCGAACCAUCAUUUCGCAGCCACGCGAAAAAUGGGAGACUGGCGACAAGCCUGCCGUCAACGAGGGCCCCGAGGUCAUCGUCGAUCCGGACGGACAGCUGCACAUUGUCUACUCGGCCAACGGCAGCUGGGGCGACAAGUACUGCAUCGCAGAACUGCGCCUCAAAAAGGACGGCGACCCGACGAAAAUUUGGGACUGGUACAAGUCCAACGGCUGCCUCUUCGGCUCGCACCAGGACAGGAUGAUGGAUGGCUGGAGUGCGACCCAGUCCGUCGACGGACCUGGUCACCACACCUUCGCCCUGCCCAACGGCGACAUCAACCACAGCCCCAGCGGGGAUGGCAACAACUCCUUCAUGUUCCACGCUGUCCCAAAGGGCACCAAGUACAGCUGGGACGCCCGUGCCUGGUACACGGGCAACUACGUUUGGCAGGGCAAUACGACCUACUCCCGUAAGAAUUCCCCUGGUGCCGGGGAGGACACUGGCUACAGCAUCAAGUUCUUUGAAGCGGACGGUUGA